GUACAAACAUAUCUAUACUUCACCAUUUCAAAUGAAAACCGGAUGUACCACUUGAACAUUCAAUUAUUCACUUGGAAUCAUAAUGAACCUUGAGAGAUAAAUAUAUUUAAUAUCUAUAUACCUAUACACAUAUGUAUACAAAUAAAUGUGUGUGCUCAUAUAGAAUUAUAAACUUUUCAAAUAGGGUGAAUUCAUUAAGCAUCUAUCAUCUUUAUGGUAAGUGUAUACACAUAAAUAUUCGCAUACUAUUGCAUAUACAUAUAUAUAUCCAAGAAACACGAGGAACUACUUAUCGCUCCUUUAAAGUAUCCCGAUCACAAAAUGACUGAUCAUUAUCAUUAUCAUCAUUACAAAUGCUUUUAUUCAUUGUUCAUUAUUCUGUAUUGCUUUUUAUGUAUUAAAUUCAUUCAAACAAUUGAUAGAACAGAAUUAAAUGAAUUAAAUAUAUAUGAUCCAAUGAAAUGUCGUUCUGGAAAUUAUCGUGGCAAAGUGAAUAUAGCAUUUGAUGGAACAGAAUGUUUAGAUUGGAUAGAUCAUAAAUCAUUUUAUAAACCAUAUUGGUCUGAUGAUGAAGCUAGAAAACAUAAAAAUUAUUGUCGUAAUCCAGGAAAUGAUUCUUCUGGUCCAUGGUGUGUUGUUGGUUUAGGAAGAUUUAAAUAUUGUGAUGUACCAAGAUGUGCUGAACAUAUUGGUUGUUAUGAAGGGAAUGGAGCAGAUUAUAAUGGAGAUCAAGAUCAAACAUCUGAUGGACAACCUUGUGCAAAAUGGAGAAUUAGUAAUUCACGUAAAGAAAUUGGACCAAUUUAUCGAUAUCGUCUACAAUAUAAUGAGACAACUAGUAAAUUACUAAGCACCUCCGAUUAUGAACUUGACAAUUUUCGUUCAUGUCGAAAUCCAGGCGGUGUAAAAUCCCAACCAUGGUGUUAUCCAAUUAAAGUUCGUGGUGUUUCUUCUGGUAUACAACAUUGUGAUAUACCAAAAUGUUCUGAUCCAGGGACGCUUGGUUAUCCAUUAUUUAUUAAUGGUAGUCAAUGUAUGCCAAAUUUUGUUCUUCAGAAACAAUUUGUCAAAUUGGAAUCAUCUACUGUUGUUGUCGUUGACUAUUGUGUAGCUCCGCAUGGUUUUAUUUAUCAAAGGCAUAAUAAUGCUAAAUAUAAUAAAUUCAAACAAUUCUGUUUAUUUCUUGUUGGUAAAACAAUGUAUUGUCCAGCAGGUUUUAUGCGUACUAGACGAUUUCAACCAAGUUUAGAAUUUAUUGGUCAUCUCUCUGGUCCAACAGCAUGGAGACCAACAUUUGAUAAUAUCUUACAAAUAAUUACUUGUUGUGUAAAACCUGAAUUUUGGACUAAUUCUACACGAACUCCAUAUAUAUCUAUUGAAAAAGUUUCACAAUAUAAAGGAGACUAUGGCGCUAGUACCAGUAACAAUAAUAAUAAUAAUAAUGGUAAAGAAGCACAAGAGUUACGUAAUAUAGACACGACUAUAUCACCUUUUACAACUGAAGAUGAAGAUUGGUUUUAUUUAAAACCACGGCGUAGAAUAACAGUUGGUGAUUUCUUUCCAUUACGUCGUCGUAAAUGGAUAACAAGAUGGAAACGUUCUAUUUUUGAAAAUGAUACAGAUGAUAAUGUAGCAUCAGAAAUAACAAAUUCUGAUUCUUUAUCAUCAUCAUCAUCAUCAUCAUCAUCAUCAUCAUCAUCAUCAUCAUCAUCAUCAUCAUCUUCUUCUUCUUCUUCUUCUUCUUCUUCUUCUUCUUCUUCUUCUUCUUCCUUAACAUCGUCAUCUAUAACAUCAUUGUACAAUCCAGAAACUUCAUAUACUCCACAAUCUACAGUACUGGAUCCACCGUUAUUUGUUUCUAUUUAUCAAUGUCCACCAGUUAAAGGAACAAAUCGACUUGUUGCACCAUUGUUUCGUAAUGUUCUUCCUGAUGAAACACUUAGUGAUGUAUUACAAAAUUUAUUUCCUGAAAUAAGUUGUGAAUAUCGUGAAGCUAAAUCUGAAUUUAUACCAAACGCUGAAACUCGUAUUAGUCAAUUAGCUCUUCUUAUUAAUGAACCAACAUGUCCAGUUGGUUUUGUUAAAACACAAAUCUCUCGACGAGUUGUAUUUAUUCUUGGUACAAGUAUUAGUUUAUGUUGGUCAGUUUCAAAUCGUUACAAAUUAGACACAACAACAACAACAAAUAGAAAUCAAUUACCGAUUGGAAAUUAUUGUUUAGUAACAGAACAUUCAUUGGAUAAUGUAAAAUCGAAUUAUUUACAAGAAACUGAUAAAGAUAAACGUUACAACUAUAAAUGUCCACAAGGUUUACGACAAAAUGAAAUCAAUUUUGUACAAGUUGGUUAUCGUUUAAAAUUGUGUUGUUCUGUAAAUUCACUAGCAAAUUUUACUGAUUAUGAAGAUGAUACUAAAUUAGAUAAAAUUAAUUAUCAAGCCCCAUUAGGAAUUACAUCACCAUUUGCUAUAAUACAAAAUGGUCCAACAUGUCCAACAUUUUAUUCAGGCAAUGUUAAAUUAACAGUAGUACAAUAUAAUCGUCCAAUUCCUCGUCCAUAUGGUGAUCAAAUUGAAUUAAUUGGACCAGAUAAUCCAGUUAAGUUAGAUGGAAUACCAAACAUAAUCAUCUGUCAAUAUUUAAAUCAAGAAAUUAAAUUAGGGGUGAAAUCACUUCGUUAUGAUUGUGAUGGUUUGGGACAUCGAGAAGUUAUGAGCUAUGGUGGGGCCACUUGUGGAUUUGAAGCGAACUCUACGGUAGUUUUCCCACCUGGGAAAUAUUGUUUCUUACAAUUAUCCUCUACAUGCCCUACAGGAUUCACAUCAAGAAGUGGUGUCGAUCGAUUCGGUUUCAGUUUACAAAGUCUUGGUAGUACAUGUUGUCGUACUGAAGAAUCAAUUGGAGCAAUUAAAUUACCAAUUAAUUUAGAAGCCCCGUUUAAACUGCCUGCAGUUUAUCAACCAUGUCAAGCAAUAGAGAAUUUCAGUGUUGAUGCUGAAUUACAUCAAUGUGUUUAUUACCCAAAAGGAAAUAGAUCACAUAUAAUGCUGGUAUGGCCACGUGUUGUUUCCAGUUUAAAUGACACUGUAAACGGGAGUGAUAAUAAUAAAACUUCUGUGCCAAAAUACUGUUCAAAGUUACCUGGAAAAAGGGUCGGAUUUAGAAGAAGCCAAUUGGGUCGUUUAUCUGCAUUAUUCUUUAAUAUAAUGCAAGAUCAAUGGUUAACAUAUAAACGACCACGUUGGACAACACGUACAAGUGAUUCAAGUGAUAUAUGCUUCAAUGAAUUGAAUUUGGAAAAUAUUCCCACAUUAAUUCAUCCAUCAACUGGAUAUUGUAUAUCAGUAUUUGGUAAUUGUCCAUAUAAAUUCUUUAGAGAAGUCGGUGCUGCACCAUAUAUGAAUACGGUUAUUUGUUGCCUUAUUAAAGAAUAUAUUCCAGAAGUGGAUAAACUUAAUCAGACAUCAUCAUCAUCAACAACAACAUCAAUAAACACACCAACAGUUCGUUCAUUUGUCACUUUGGGUUGGCCAACAAAGGAUGACAAGAGGGAAUUGAAAAAUUUCACCGGCACCAAAGUAUUAACUACGUAUGAACAAACUAACUCACAAAAAUAUUUAAAAGACUUAAACUACUGCCCUCAAUUUCGUGAUAUACAAUUGAAACGACGUAUUGUUGAAAGUAUGUAUAUACCAGAGAAUGUCUCAUUAUCAUCACGUCCUCAAAAUAAGCAAUUGUUUGGACAGUAUAAAAAUUUACUUACAUUAUUCAAUGUCUCCAAAUCGAACAGUUUACAUUUUGAUAUUCAAACUGGUAUAUGGUCGGAAAAUGAUAUUGUACAUGUGAUAUAUUGUGAAUAUGGUACAGGUAAAACACCCGGUACAGAUGAUCAUCGAAAUUGGCCUGUAGCAAACUAUGCUAUACCAAAAUCAUUAAAUGAUUGUCCAAAAGGUUCUGUAAAAGCAACAAUGCGACAUCAACAAGAUAGAUAUGGAUUUCACUAUUCACAACCAAUUCAUCUAGAUGGAGUUUAUUUUAAGCGUAAAAAAGAUAUACUGUUGGACUAUUGUGUAUUCACUGAUGAUCAAACUGCACAUCGUACAGGAAACUAUGGAGGUGAAGAAUCUCUUCCAGCUGGUCAUUACUGUGUACUACGCGUCAAUGGUAACUGUCCAGUAGAUUUCAGUGAAGGAUUGUUAAGUAUACUUGAAGGACCGGAAAAGCUGACACGUUCCAAAGACACCUCAGAUUCACAAAUAAAUCGAAACAUAGAUUUACUACAACAAACAACAACAUCUACACCAGAUAUUAUUCGUAUAAGAGCACAUAUGAAAGAGAGUACAUCAAAAAUUGACCGACUCAAUUAUCAUUUCUGUUGUCGAACUGAUUCACCAAGUGUUGACAGUCCAAUUGAUGGUUUCCCUGCUGAAACUGGUCCUUUUUAUUUGUACAGGGUUGGAGAUAAAUGUCAACAAAUUACUGGAAUGCAUGUUACUGAAGAAUAUAUUUGUGUAGAUGCACCUAAUCGAGGUGAUCCAAACUGGUGGUCAAUUGAUCAGAAUCAUACUUGGUCACCAUAUAAUGUGAAAGGUUUAACACCAGCACGUGUACCAUAUCAUGAUUUUUGUGAUGUUGAAAUCAAUUUAUGCUAUUAUGAACAGGCUGCUCCUGUCUCGGAAAAUGAAGUGACAGAAAGUUAUUAUUUUCAAACUGAAUGGCCAUUAGGUCAAUAUGCAUUACCGAAUGUACAUAGAAAUGAUUUAGAUAAAGCAUGUCCACCAGGAUUUACACAACAUUAUUAUUCAUUAAUUAAUAAUCAAGCAGCAUUUUUUGAAUUAGAAUUAAUGCCAAUGAGUUUAGGACCAUAUUUUUUAGAAUUAAUGGGACAUAAUUAUAGUGCAUUAAAUGUACAUUAUUGUGAAAGAAAUAAUCCAAAUAUAAAUGAUGAAUUAGUUAAUGAAACAGGAGAAGUUAUAAUUGAAACAAAUAAUGAAGAGGAAACAGUCACUUCUUCUUCCUCUUCAUCUUCAUCAUCAAUUAUAACGGGAUUAUUAGGAGAUGAUAAAAAACUUCCUGAGUUUCAAUGGCCUAAAGGUGAUUACUGUGUAAUAUCUACAGCUGAAAAUCAUCAAUGUCCACCAGGUCUUCAUAGACAUGCCCGAGCAUUCUCUGAACUUUGUUGUCGAACUGAUAAUAUUAAAGAUCCUAAACCCGUCAACUGGCCAUUUAUCGAAGAUUUCUUCUUAUUUGGUGGUGAAAAAUGUUUACCAAUAAAAGAUACUCAUGUGGAACGUUAUCUUGUACGACUGGUUUCUGGUUCAGAAGGUAAGCAUGAACCUCAGUGGGAUGUUCUAUGUCAUUAUUUACCGAUAUCAUGGAUGAAUGACACUAUAGAAUGGCCAUCUGGUGAAUAUAUGCUUCCUAUAGGAAGACGUAGUGGCUUGCGUACAUCAUAUGUGACAACAAUUGCUGCAGAUAAUGAACAGACUAAUACAACAGCAUCAUCUACAAAUGUUCAAGAUGGUAAAAAUUUUAUCAGUGGCAGUAAAUAUCAAUGUCCAGAAACAUUUGAACGUAAACGUUUUAUAUUUGCAAGCAGUGAAACUGAACAACAAUUAAUGAGCAAUCCGAAUACCAAUACAGAGACUAUAUUCAACAUAACCGCCUACGUGACCAUGGAAUUUUGUGUACAUACUAAUGAACAGAAUAGUAGUAGUGGUACUACAAGUAAAUUUUCAACAUGGCCUGCUGGCGAUUACUGUAUAUUUACCAUGAACACACAUUGCCCGAUUGGAAUGAAAGCUUCCAGAGAGUUUCCAUUGAAAAUCCCACGUUUCAUUCUAAAAAGUAUACAUUCCAUAUCACCAGAUGGUGAAAUAAUUCCUAAUAGUCAUUGGCAUGAAGAUAUUGAAAAUCAUGUUGUUUAUUUUAUGCAAUGUUGUCGUGAAGAUAAAACUCUACUGUUACGUGUACCACCAUCAAAAGAUGGUUUUUAUUUAGCUAGUAGUUCCGGUUUAUGUUCUAGUGUACCGGGAACUGUAUUGGAUAGAGAGAAAAUUACCACCUAUCUUACAUCACCAUUACAUAGUAAUAGUAAUACUAUGAUUAAUAAUCGUAAAUCAACGGUGUUAAGUGAAAAAGAUAUGCUAUUAUAUCGUGAAACACUUGCUCAACGUGAAGGUCUCCUCUAUUUAUGCUAUUAUCAUCCAGCCAAAGGAAUUGAUUAUACUACAUCAAUACUUGGUACACGUUAUUCUAUAAGUCAAAAUAUUUCUGAAAAAGAUAUUGAUGAAAUAGCAAGACUAUGCGGUUGUGCGCCGAAUGCAUUUUGUUUACUAAAUAAACAAGCUGAAUGUAUUUGUAAACCAGGUUAUUUCGGUGAUGGACGUUACGUAUGCGCACCAAUCACCCCGCUAACGGAUGAAUGUGCUGACUUAUGUGACCCGUCAGCUGUAUGUGCUGAACAUUUGGGUGUUAGUUUAAAGAAAAAGCAGUUACUCAGUCAUAUGUGUAUUUGUCGUCCAGGAUUUGUUGGUGACGGUUUCUCAUGUAAAUCAGAUUGCGUUGCACGAGAAUGUCAACCAUUUAGUAGAUGUAUACAUAAUAUCCCAAGAGGUAUCACUGAAUGUGUUUGUAUUGAAGGGACAAUACUAUCUGGUACACGUUGUCACUUGGAUGUAUAUAAAACAUUGGAACAAGAAAAAGAUUUACCUCAAUUUAUUGUAGAUCAUGAUCAUUGUCUCUCAUCAGAAACACAAUUAGCUUUGAGAACAUUGAAUCCACCAAAAUACUUUUACAUAUUUGUCCCAUCCAAUAUAAUUCGAAGUUGCACAGAUGUUAAAGAGCACGUAGUUGUACGAUCAAAACCCUUGACUAUAAAUGAACUUAAAUAUGCUACAGUUCAAUCACCGAUUAAGUUAAUCACCGAAAAUAAUACUGUGAUUGAAGUAUAUCCCAUGAAUGGUACACUUAUGAUCGAUGGUCACCUAGCUCAAUUUGAAACUGUGAAAUUUGUCAAUGGUGAAUUAUACUAUUUAUCCAAUCCAUUAAAACGUACAGUGCAUAUUUACAAACUGAACAGUUACAUUUUUGUAUUGAUAACUAUAUCCAUUCUAAUUAUAUGUGGAUUUAUAUCAUUGGUUUUAUAUAAAGGCAUACAAUGGUAUAGAACUGCAAGUAUGAGACAAUUCCAUCGUCUACCUAGACAAGUUUUUAUACAUCGAGCAUUUUGGAAACAACAAACUGAUGAUAUCCUUGUAGAAGAAACUGAAGAUCAUGCCAGUUCGUAAAAUGUGCACAAAAUUACACGAGGAAUCAUGGACACACCAUCACUACUUCUAAUAAUACUAACAGUUAUAAUCAGUACUAUAUAAAGUGAAUAACAGCAUAAGUCGUCGGUUUCUCGAAAACUUCUUAAUAUAUAUUUUCAUUGUUUCUUUUUUACGUAUCACCAAAAAUCAUUAUUAUUAUUGUCCAACUCUCAUUCCUUUUGUUUUCAUAAAUAAAUUUCAAAUGACUUUUAGAGUUUUCAAAAUUAGUAGGCUGACUAAAUCUAAUCUAUUAGCAUGGGUAAUAUAUCUGAGUGAAAACAAAUUUUAAAAUCGACACUACAAUACAAUACUAAUGAUACU